AAUUUUUAAGAAAGAUGCUACCAAUGUAUAGCAAUGCAUACAUUUCCAUUCAUUCUACUUCUAUGUUCCUUAGUUUUUCUUCAAAAAGUUUAUGGUCAAGUGGAUACCAUAACUACAACUCAAUUCAUUAAAGAUGGUGAUACUAUUGUUUCCUCUGGUGGUACGUUCGAGUUGGGAUUCUUCAGUCCUGGAGAUACUUCUACAAAACGCUAUGUUGGAAUAUGGUACAAGAAAACCAAUGCUGUUUAUCCUGUUUGGGUUGCUAAUAGAUUAGCUCCUCUCAAUAAUAAGUCAGGGGUCUUGAAAGUCAUUCAACCAGGUAUAAUUGUUCUUCUGAAUGAUACUAAUGCCACUGUGUGGUCCACAAAUUCAUCAAGAUCCGUGCAUAAUCCCGUUGCUCAGUUGCUAGACUCGGGAAAUUUUGUGGUGAGAGAUGCAGACGACCCAAAUCCAAAAAAUUUCCUAUGGCAAAGUUUUGAUUAUCCUAGUGAUACGUUGCUAGCAGGUAUGAAACUUGGAACAGACUUGGUGACUGGACUAGAAAGGUACCUUAGCUCAUGGAGAAGCAAUGAUGAUCCUACUCCUGGGGACUAUACUUAUCAUUGUGAUCCUACUGGUUAUCCACAAAACCUUAUGAGAAAAGGGCCUAAUGUAACUUUUAGAGCUGGGCCAUGGAAUGGUCUCAGGUGGAGUGGUAGACCCAACAUGGUGAACAACUCUAUCAUCUCUUUUGGCAUAGUAACGAACAGUAGGGAAAUUUAUUACGAUUAUGAACUCGUGAACAAAUCUGUUAUUUCGACGUUAGUGAUAAGGCCUUAUGGGAAAGCUAUGCGUAUCAUUUGGAUUGGGAAGGUUCAGGGAUGGGUAAAUUACCACUCUGCAAAUGUAGAUGACUGUGACACCUACAAAUUGUGUGGUGCAUAUGGCACUUGCAACCUCUUGAGUGAUCCUUUUUGUCAAUGUUUAGAUAAAUUCGAGCCAAAACAUCCAGAUGAUUGGAACAGAGCUGACUGGUCGAGUGGUUGUGUGCGGAAACACCCACUGAAUUGCAUAGGCGAUGGAUUUCUUAAGUAUUCUGGUGUUAAACUGCCCGAUACACGAAAUUCUUGGUUCAACGAGACAAUGACACUUGAUGAAUGCAAGGUCGUUUGCUUGACGAAUUGUUCGUGUACGGGUUAUGCUAAUAUGGAUGUACGCAAUGGGGGAAACGGGUGCUUGUUAUGGAAAGGGGAGCUGGUUGACAUCAGACAACUAUCUCAAUCAGGACAGGAUAUCUACAUUAGGAUGUCUGCUUCGGACAUUGGUAUGGGAAAUGUUACAGGUUCUGGUGGAUCUAAGGGAAAGAAAACUCUCAUACUUGCAAUAGCUUUGCCACUAUUGGUUGCGUUAGUUCUGCUAGGUUUAGGUGUAGGCCUGAUUCUUUAUACCCAAAGAAGGAGAGAGGAUCCAGUGCUAAAAACAACGGGGAGAUUAGAUGGUCACAGCAACAAGAAUGAUAACAGUAAUCAAAGUCACCAUGAAGAUUUUGAGCUACCACUUCUUAACUUGUUUACACUAACCAAGGCUACUGAUAACUUUUCAUUUGCGAACAAGAUUGGAGAGGGUGGCUUUGGACAAGUUUAUAAGGGUGUAAUAGAAGGUGGACAAGAAGUAGCAGUGAAGCGGCUUUCAAAAACAUCAAAGCAAGGACUUCACGAGUUCAAGAAUGAAGUUAACUGCAUUGCUAAACUUCAGCAUCGAAAUCUUAUAAAGCUUCUAGGAUGCUGCAUUGAAGGAGAAGAGACGAUGUUGGUGUACGAAUACUUGCCAAACAAAAGCCUGGAAUUAUAUAUAUUUGGCGAAGAAAGGAGCGCACUACUUGAUUGGCCUAAGCGUUUCAUGAUUAUUAAUGGAAUUGCUCGUGGACUGAUAUACCUUCAUCAAGAUUCUAGACUUAGAAUCAUCCACAGAGACUUGAAAGCUAGCAAUGUCUUGCUUGACAUUGAAAUGAACCCAAAGAUAUCAGAUUUUGGGAUGGCUAGAAGUUUCAGAGGAGAUGAGACAGGAGCCAAUACACGCCGUGUUGUUGGAACAUAUGGUUACAUGUCCCCAGAAUAUGCAAUAGACGGGAUAUUUUCAGUGAAAUCAGAUGUAUUUAGCUUUGGGGUAUUAGUACUCGAGAUUGUGAGUGGAAAGAAGAACAGAAGAUUUGUUCAUCCAGACCACAACCUCAACCUCCUUGGACAUGCAUGGAUGCUUUAUAAUGAAGGAAGGACAUUGGAACUAGUCGAUCCAAAUCUGGUAGACUCAUACUAUAUGUCAGAAGUAGUAAGAUCAAUUCAUGUGGGAUUGUUAUGUGUUCAACAGAAUCCAGAGGACAGGCCAAGCAUGUCAACUGUGAUUAUGAUGCUGAGCAACGAAGGCAUUUUGCCACCAGCUAAACAUCCUGGCUUCUUCACUGAAAGGAAAGUUGAAGAUGUUGAUAAGUUUUCUUGCAGAACACAAACACCAAGUUCUAUAAACGAAGUUACUAUCACGUUGUUGAAUGCUCGAUAAGAAGCAUGUCCAUUGUGGACUCCAUCUUUCUUCAUUUCUCAGAAUUGUAAUAAAAUCCUCCCCUUCAUUUCUUUCAGUAAUUAGAAGAAAAAUCUGUAGUAAUUGUAUUGUAACAUCCCCACAUUUUACGUUAGGCCUCGAGUUCAUUUUCAGAAAGAAGGAUUCAGCUAGCAA